AUGUCCAACAACUCCCAUGCCGCUCCCCGCUCGUCGGGAGGCGGGAAGUCAUCCAUCUUCUCGCGGAGUAAGCUUCCAAAGGGACCUCAUCAUUCGCGCCUGAGCUCAAAGGGCGACAACAACAUGCGGGAGAGCCACCACUACACCGGCGAGCCGUCGCCCACGCACACGAACGGCUACUCGGCCGGCAAUGUUUCCUCGAUCUCGUACGAUAGUGUGUCGGCGGAUCUCAAAAGGCAGCCCAUACCGAUUGAUCAUAGUUUGAGGCCGGUGUCAAGGGGCGAUGAACAGCAGCAGCAGCAGCAGCAGCAGCAGCAGUACUCGCAUGGUUCAGGGCAGAGGCCGCAGCCAUCUCAUUACGAGUCAUCGUCGUCCACGGCUACGCUCAACUCACAGCACCAUCAACACCAGCAGGGAUAUGUAGCUUACAACGGCAGUUAUCAGCCGCCGAGCCCUUAUUCGAAUUCAACGUUUUCCUCUCGCCCCCAGGAUCCUCACAGUCAACACCAGCACCAGCACCAGCCGCAGCAGCAGCAGCAGCACCACCACUACCAGCAGCCGCAGCAACAGCAACAACAGUACUACGGUUCAAACGCGUCGGAAUCUACGUAUUCGCGCCCAGGUUCCGACCAGGCUUCAAUAUAUUCCUCAAUCUCAUCGGCGACCCGGAAUUCUAUUGUGUCCAUCGCUCCGAGCGUAGUCGACCAUCUUAUCCCGUCUCCGAUGAACUUUAGCUCUGCGGAUGGAUUUGCACUGGAGCGCCCCCGAGACGAUCGGGAGGUGGAGCGGAUGUUUCAAGAACUGAUGGAGAAGAGAGGCUUUUCAGGACUUCCGAAAGAGGCGCAACGCGGAAUUAUGGCUUAUCCGACAAGUAAAAAGUGGAUUUUGAUCCACCAGGAUAAACUUGCAGACUUCCAGGCGGAUCAGAAGAGGAGGGCGGCGGCGCAGGCACAAGAGAGAGAUCCGGACGAGGGCGGUCCGGAGUGGUAUGUGAAGAAGAUUCUGGACGGCACGAUCAGCGCGAAGCAGCUCGGGAGUUUGAGUGUGUCUCUUCGGACACAACCUAUUAGUUGGGUCAAGAAAUUCAUUGAGGCCCAGGGACAGGUCGCUCUCACGACUGUUCUCCGGAGCAUAAAUAAUCACACUGGAAAGAACGCCGCCGGAUCCGAUGCUAUUCUCGAUCGAGAAUAUGACAUUGUGAAAUGUUUAAAGGCGAUUAUGAACAGCAUGUAUGGCGCCGAGGACGCAUUUAAGCACCACCACUGUGUUUCUGCGCUCACGGCGUCUCUCACCUCGCCCCGAGUGACAACCCGAAAGCUUGUCUCGGAGGUUUUAACCUUCUUGUGUCAUUGGGAACGACCAAUCGGUCACACCAGUGUCAUUGCUGCGCUGGACCAGCUGAAAACCUACCAAGGAGAACAUGGCAGGUUCGACUCCUGGCUCAGGAUCGUCGAGGUUACUAUCGACGGCCGAGGAAAGCUCGGGAGUCUUGUGGGUGCUAGUGAAGAGGUUCGGUCUGGAGGUAUUGGAAUGGAAAGUUUGCUCAUGGAAUAUGCGCUCGCGACACUAUUCUUGAUCAAUAUCAUUGCCACCGGCUGUGAUGAUCUCCAUGCUCGUAUUCACAUCAGGGCACAGCUGAAGGCAUGCGGGUUCCAGAGGAUCUCGACAAAGAUGCAAGGGUUCCAGUACGAACUCAUCGACAAGCAGAUCCAGAAGUACGAAGAUGACGCCGCAACGGACUACGACGAGCUUAUGGAAAGGGAUGGAGGUAGUAUGACAGAUAGCAUAGAGGGGGAUCCAAAGGAUCUCAACGACCCAGCUGCCAUCGUAGAUGCUAUCAUGACCAAGGUUCAGGGUUCUCAAGCGCAGGACUACUUUCUGUCUUCGCUGCAACAUCUAUUACUCAUGCGGGACAACAACCAUGAGGACCGACUGCGCAUGUUCCAGCUUGUUGAUUCUAUAUUAGGUUAUGUCGUUAUGGACCGGCGCCUGCCGGAUAUGGAAUUGAAAGCGAGUCUGAACUUUUCGGUUCAGGCGCUUAUGGACAAGCUGCAUACAGAUGCAGAGGCCCGCCAUGCGCUAGAGCAGGCAUCCGAGUAUCGGCAGAUUGCAGAGAACGCGAUUGCCGAGCGAGAUGCCAUGAAGGAGCAGAUUGCCAUGGGCGCGGAUGGACUAAUUGCAAAACUACAGCAGCAGUUGGAGGAACAGACGCAGGUAAUUGAGAUUGGUAGACGGCAAAUCAUGGGGCUUACCGGAGAGCUGGAGGAGAUCAAGCUCGCUCAUGCUAUGCAGAUGCAAAAGAGUGAGCUGGAAACCAGAGAGCUGUAUCUCAUGCUCCGAGACUCCCAGGAUGUAGCAGAUGCCGCACACGCGGAGAAGGUCAAAAAGGCGAAGAAGGAAGGAAAGCCUAUUCCAGAAGAGCUGAGCGUUGCCCAGAUGAAGGGUAUCAUGGAUAGGGAGAAGCUUAUGAUGAGGCUCGAGACGCAAUUGGAGCGCAAGAAGACUGAGUUCAAGCUCGAGGGUAAGGUCUGGCAACAAGAAGUAGCGCCGAGUGAUAGGUUGAGGGAGCUCCGGGAACGUAUGGACGCCGUUCAACGAGAGGCCAGACAACUAGAACAGGAGCACUUUGAGGAGGCGAAAAAACAACGAAUCGCCUCUGAUAACUUCGGAGGUAUUAAUAGCGAUGGCGUUUACCACACACCACUCGGGAGGAGGACUUCGUCAGCGCCUAAUCUUGCCGAGAGGGAGAGAAUGUUGAGAAAGGAUGUUGAGCGGGAAGAUGGAAUUACGGAGGAGAGCGAGGGUGAGGAGAAGGAAGGAACCAUUGGAGUUGCAAGAGCAGGAAGAGCAGGAAUCAUCACCCUUGGGAAGAGAGGAAAGAGACCUAUGAGAGGAGGAAGACCUAAGAUGCCGGCCGACCAGGCUACUAGAUUGUUGGGCGAACUUAAGACUAGGGUUCGUAGGGAUUCCGAAAGCGGUAACGACGGGGAGGGUGAAUAUGAAGACCCGGAUGAGGAUCCGGUUGCUGGAGAGGAUGGGGUCUCCACCGGACGCUCGCGCUCUAGCACCGAGUCCGAUUCUCCGAAGACGCCUGUGGACCUUGGCACUGCUGCAACGGGUGAGGAAGCCAAACUUGAUGGACCUGCGGCGCCUGUUGUACUUAUCCCAGGAUUUGACACGAGGGCUCCUCCCCCGCCCCCACCGCCGCCAGGUAUGCCAGGAGCCUUCCCCCUUAUGGAUGGGUUCAAGAACAUUGCUCCUCCGCCCCCUCCGCCACCUCCGGGCAUGGCUGGAUUACCUGGGUUCAAGACCGACUCUCCCGCAGCACAUCCGCCACCUUUUGGUAUGCCAGGUUUCGGUACUAGUGCCCCACCACCCCCAGCACCUCCUAUGCCAGGUUUCGGUACUAAUGCUCCCCCUCCUCCGCCGCCGCCCCCGGGCACGGCUGGAUUUACUAAUGGUGCCCCCCCCCCUCCACCUCCUCCACUGCCAGGCUUCUCAGUUGGUGGGCCUCCACCCCCUCCACCCCCACCACCAGGUCCUGGGGGGUUCAAGAUAGGAGGACCCCCACCACCACCCGGAAUGCCUGGCAUGCCUCCGCCGCCGCCUACGCCCAUGGGUAUGCUCUAUGGCGGAGCAGCUGGUGCGCUGUUCACCGGUAUGAGGCCGAAAAAGAAGCUGAAGCCCAUGCAUUGGGAGAAGCUGGAUGGCGUGGAGUACACCAUUUGGGCGAGCCGAUUCGAUAAGGACGCAAUGUACGACGAGCUGAGCAAGAAGGGUAUCUUGGAGGAAAUGGAGCGCCUGUUUGCGUUUAAGGAGGCCAAGAUAUUGAAGAAAUCCGCUGGUGCGGCCGAGAAGAAGAAGGAGUUCCUGGACUCGUCGAUCGUCAAGGCUUUCCAGAUUUCUCUGUCCAAAUAUGCCAAUAUUCCUGUUGACCAGCUUGUCAAAAAGAUCCUGUCUUGCGACAAGGAUAUGCUUGAUAACUCGGCAAUCAUGGACUUCUUGCUGAAGGACGAGCUUUGCAUUAUCUCUGAUAACCUGUCGAAGAACUUGACGCCUUACAGCAUCGACUGGACAGAACCAGAUGCUGAGAAGCAGAAGCGAGAAGCUGAUCCCAACGAGCUACGUAGAGAAGAUCAUAUCUUCUUGGAGACGGCCUACAAUUUGCACCACUACUGGAAGGGUAGGAUAAGAGCCUUGGCGUUGACAAGAAGCUUGGAUCCGGACUACACAGAGUUGCAAGGCAAGCUGCACCAGAUCGUCAAGGUUGCAGACAAGGUCCGGGGCUCGAAGGCGUUCCACGGGGUGCUCAAUGUUAUUUUGACGAUGGGUAAUUUCAUGAACGAUACCAAUAAGCAAGCUUCUGGUUUCAAGCUUGGAACACUCUCCCGAUUGGUUAAUCUGAAGGAUGAUAAGAACCAAAGGUCUCUCAUGGACUAUAUCGAGAUGUCGAUCCGUAACAAGUUCCCUGAAUGGCAAUCUUUCAUGGAUGACUUGCACGAAUGUAUCGCGCUAGAGAAAGCCGAUGUGGAUAACUUGAUGCAGCAAGCAAAGAGGUUCAUCGACAAUAUCCAUAACAUCCAGGCCUCUGUCGACGCCGGAAAUCUCAGUGAUCCGAAGAAAUUCCAUCCUCAGGAUCGUGUCUUGCAGGUCGUAUUACCGCUCUUGCCCGAGGCGAGAAAGAAGGCGGGAUAUCUUAAGGAUCACUUGGAUGCCAUGACGAAGACGUACAAUGACCUUCUUACGUAUUAUGGCGAGGACCCGGCGGAUGAACAGUCGAGGAAGAGGUUCUUCAAAAUGAUUGCGGACUUCUUGAAGAAUUACAGGGCGUCAAACAACAAGAAUUUGGAACUUGAGGACGAUGAGAAACGACGAGAGAGGAGGAUUAAAAACCAGCCCACGGUGCCGGGGGUCGGCAUAUGUCAACUUCCUCCCAACAAAUCUGGUGCUAUGGAUGCGCUGCUUGAGAAGCUUAAGAAAGCCGGUCCAGCGGUUCGACAAAGACGCCGUGAUCAGUACAAGGGCCGCAACGGCCGAACAGCGUCAGGUACACGAACAGUGUCUAGCCAGAGUAUCCCUGGGGAACCUACAUCUGGUGGAGAAUCAGCAUCACCUGAGAUGCCCCUUACACCGAUGACACUCCCAGUUAUUGAGGCGACAGAGGAAGAAAACUCCUUAACAUCCAGGUCGCAGGAGAUAUUAAUGCGGUUACGUGAAGAGAACAGUGGUGAUGGUGCAGCCAGUGGAACAGCUGGAAGUCUUCGUGUGCGAAGAAGAAGGGCCAGCGGAGACGAUGUAAGAAGGGAGAGGAGGAGAAGACAAGGGAGCAACGUGUCGGCAUCUGGCACAGAUGCUGCUCUGGAGGGAGAGGAUACAGAGAAUCAGGAUGAAAUGAUCGCAAAGGCGAAGUUAGCGUUGAUGAACAUGCGAAGAGGAUCAGAGGCGGAUGUAGAGGAGGAUGCUGCGGCUGGAAUGCCAACACCCACAACGAUUGUAUCGCCGCCGUCACCAAAGCUAGAAAAGGCAGAGCCAGUCGUUGCGGCACCUGAGUAG